AUGCCGGGCAAGACUGACCUAGAAAGCUACAACUCCACCAUAUUUUCCACCACAUCGGCUAAUGAUUAUGAUGUCUUUCUUGUGGGCAGUGAAGACUUUGUUUACAAGUCCAAUGCUCCUUACAAUGACACACUGUCACGUCUCCAAACAAAGGCAGCCAAUGGCGAGCUAGCUCAUCUUGACAACAAAGCUUGCAUAAACAGCUAUGCAGUUACGUAUCUAUCUGCGCACGGAAGCUUGCUCCUGGUCACUGGUAACAUGAGCCAAUCCCAGCCUAACUUCGUCGCCGGAACCAAGGUGGUCAACGGCGGUGGGGGAAGCGACUCCAACCCCGACUUAUAA